AUGAUAGAGAAUGAUUUCAGUGCAAAAGCUUGGGGGAAGUGUUCAAGCAACAAUCGACUACAUUAUGAGAAUCCUCAAAUCAGAAGCAAUGAUGUGAUGACACCAUUGUCGAUGAAACAUAAGAUGUUGCCGCUGAGAAACCAGAAAUUGGAGAUGAUAGGGAGAGAUAUAUGGUGCGGUUAUGGAUUAGAGAAGAGAGUGAAGAUUGGUGGUAUAAAGUUUUCUCUGUUUUUUGGUCUAGCUCGUAGUUAUUACAUCCAAAUUCCCCUCCCAGUCAUUAAGCAUGCUGUUAGAUCCAAACUGAAGCUGUGCGGGAUGCCGAGGCAUAACAUGCGCAUGGGAGACCCUGCAAUCAGUUGA